AUGUCAACCGAUAAGUCUGGCCAUAAACGGGGGCAAUCCGGGUCACUGGAGACUCAACUUCCCUACCAUGGCCCGAGAAACGUCCCCUGUGAGCCCAAUGAGGGACUAUUCGGCGGCCUCCCUUCUGGUCAGCAGUCACGGUAUGGUUACGAGCAGCAGCCCCCCCACAAGAAAUACCAAUCGUUAGAAGGGAGCAUACCUUUAACAAAUCCUAGGUUCAACCCCUCAGCACUGGUCUUUGUCCCAGGGGUUUCGGUAACCGAAUAUGGGUAUGCACAGGCUGCGCAGAACCUGCCAGCUCAGCAAGAACAAUACUUACACGUCCUUCGGAAUGAAGAACAAAUGGUCACGUAUGAAGGGAAGGAUAAAGUAAAGGCUCCAGAUCAAGGCCGAAGAUCUACUGGAGGAGACCCUUUGCCAAUCAUAAUGCCAAAGCAAAGGGGCCCCCAAAAGCUGUCCGUAAAGCAUCCGAACCUUCCAGUGCCCUUAGAAAUAGAGCAAUAUCGGGGCAACGCUUUAAAGAAGCGGCUGGCAUAUGCAGAUGAUGUUCUGCAAAAUCACCAUCAGAGGAUAUCACCAGUUGCCGCCAAAUCACUGGCAAUUUACAAGAAAGCAUGCAAGUCCCUAAUAGAAAUGGAGGAAAGAGAGUGGUACAAAGAACAUGCCCCAUGGUUCAAAGAGGCUCAAGAGGAAUGGAGAAUGACUGUUUCUUGUAUUGACUGUGCCAUGCAAUAUCGAAAAUGGCUUAGAAUGACUGGAACUGACAGUGCAGAGAAGCUUCAGGAUCAGAUUCUCGCACUGAAGAGAAGCAACUUCUAUGCAAGAUAUGGUGAUUUGUUUGAAGAAACUUGCUGUCAGUUGAAAGUACUGGUGGAUGAACAUAAGGUCAGCGGCAGAGAGUCUCUAUCCAAAAAAUACUGGACAGAAAUAGCUCAAAACAUUAAGUCCGAAUCAUCAGUAUGGGAUCAAUGGGGGCGGAGGUACAGAUAUCAUAAGCAGGCAAAAACAAUUGCACUGGACUGUCCAACCCAUUGGAUGAUCAAGAAAACCUGUGACAGAGUGGGCUUUAGUAUGGAAAAUAUGCUGGAGAUAAUCAAACACUAUUCAAUGUACAAUGAAUUGGUGCAUACCAAUUUGAUAACUUUCAUUCGAGAGGGGAAGCUUGACGAUCUCAAAAAGCUCCUGUAUGACGAUAUCUGUGACGUCCAUCUGCUGUUCCCAGCCGAGAGCGAUACUGAGACAAAUAUCAUGAUAGCAGUAAUUAACUCUAUCAUAGAACUUUUGUAUGAUCGCAAUGAGCGAUUUCCCAAUGAAUAUCAGCGAUGGCUACCAACCAAGGACCUGUUGCGCUUCUGCACAGUGCUGGAAGAAAGCAACGAUUUGAAGGAGGCACAAGUCAGCAACGAGCUUACAAAGGCCAUUAUGCAUUCUGCCAGCAAAACUAUAAGGAGGCGAGAGAUGCGAGGUCAAAGAGUGAAGAGCAUUCUGGACACGGACUCGGUAACUGGCCAAAGAACUAAGAGAGUUGCCCCUGAGAAUUAUGAGGUAGCGGAAAGGCUAGCGAAAGGACAUAAGAGAGCUUUUGCCAAAUACACGAAUUUGGUCGGGCAGGUUAAGAAAAUGAGUGAUGCACUCAUUGAAGAUGAUCUAGAGAGCAUAUAUGCAUAUCAGAUGACUAGCUAA